AUGCCGCUUCGAAAGCUGCUACAUAAAUUGUGUGGAGACCAGAAAAAGAGCAAGGCCAACAGCCCACCGCCACCGCCAUCUCGCCCAUUCACUAUCCAGACUACCCAGUCAAUUGAGUCCUUUAAACCGCAGGACUUGUGGCAGAUUGCCUAUGAUCAGCUAGAUGAGGAGAAGCAGAGAAUUUUAUUAACGGUGAAAGUUACUGCGAACCCCAUUGAUAAGGAAAACCGAACCCGAACAGAAGACUUGAUUGGUGAGGUCAUCCAUUUGACCAAAGAGCAAUACGAAAAAUACCAACAGAACGCCAAUCAAAGGACUCGGACAUGCUUCAGGAAUAUUCUCAAUGCAGUGCUAUCUUUCAAGGAUAUUAUUGGCACAGCUGCGACCCUUGAUCCUACCCAGCAUGCAGCUAGUGCUUGGGCAAUUGUGUCACUUGGGUUGACAAUGACAAAAAAUCAUCGUGACCAACAAGAUGCCCUGUUUAAAUCAUCGGAUUACCUGGCCGAUGUUCUUACACAGUGCGCCUUUAUUGAAAAGAAUUUCUAUCGUAACACCAGGUCCGGUAACCAGCAAGAUAUAGAAAAUUCAUUGAUCCGGCUCUAUCAAGCAAUCCUUCACUAUACAGCGCUGAAAUUGUUGGACUCUGUCUCUCCUAUCACUGGGAACCCGUUCACAGAACUCAAAGUCUUGGUUAAUGAGGAAAGAGAAAGUCUGCGCAGGUGUAUUGAAUUCAAUGAAUAUCUCCACCGCGGAGAGGAUGCAGAGGAUAUCCUGUCUUCAAUCGAUAAACUUACCGAAUCUAUGAAGGAGCUUAUUGAACAGUCUAGCCUUGCAAAUCUCCGCGUCGCGGAGGGAGCAUUUUAUAACUCCUAUGCCAAUCAACAUGAGGACUUUUGCCUCCAGAACACAAGGACUGAGCUUCUUCAGCAAAUCUCGAAGUGGGCUGGGUCAAAUGGUAAAUUUAUAUUCUGGUUAAAUGGAAUGGCGGGAACCGGCAAAUCUACGAUUGCCCGGACAGUUGCUGAAUCUUUCCAAAAUCAAGGACUGCUUGGUGCCUCAUUUUUUUUCAAGCGGGGUGAAGCUGACCGUGGUAACGCGAAAUACCUAAUAUCAACUGUUACAAGACAGCUGGUAACCAGAUACCAUCGACUAGCCACUGAGGUCUUGAAUGCUAUCAAAAACGAUCCUAAUAUUGCGUCUAAAUCUCUAAGUGAACAGUGUGAGAAGCUUCUUCAUCAACCCCUUAUGAAGCUACAUUUAGACCAGCCUACAACAAUAGUGAUUGUUGUUGACGCAUUGGAUGAAUGUGAUAAAGAAGACGAUAUACAAGAAAUCGAAUCUGUAUGUCUGCGAGUGUUUCUGACCAGCAGACCUGAACUUCCAAUUCGCCUUGGCUUAGAGCAAGAUAAAAACCAUCAGGGCCUGGUUCUCCACGAGCUUCCUGCCUCCAUGGUUGAACGAGACAUUCGCCAUGAGCGCUCACUAUCCCCAGAUUGGCCAGGAAAUGACAAUGUGGAAAGGCUAGUACACAUGGCUGUUCCGUUAUUCAUUUUCGCAGCCACAGCCUGCCGGUUUAUCAAAGAAGGGACACACCCAAAGAAACGGCUUCAGAAGCUUCUUGAAUUUCAAGUAACGGCAACUGCAACCCAGCUGGACAAAAUAUAUCUGCCAGUUUUGAAUCAACUUAUAAGCGAUGAUAAAGAUGACUUAAAGGAGCUCAUUGAAGAAUUUCAAGACAUUGUUGGGGUUAUUGUUCUUCUUACUACCCCACUCUCUAUUAGGUCUCUUUCCCAGCUUCUCCAGAUAUCGGCAGACGAUAUCAGCGAGCUAUUAGAUCGCUUGCAUUCAGUACUGAGCGUACCCAGUGACAGAGAGGCUCCAGUGCGCAUUCUGCAUUUAUCAUUCCGUGACUAUCUUCUAAUCACGAAAAGCCCUUUUUAUAUUCAUGAGCAAAAGACACAUGGAAAAAUAGCGUCAUAUUGUCUCCAGGUUAUGGAAGCUCGGCUUAAACAUAAUAUCUGUGGUCUAGCAAGUUACGGAAUGCAACGCAAGGAUAUCAAUCCUCAAGUUAUUAAUCAGCAUCUUACAGCUGAUCUUCAAUACAGCUGCCGCUACUGGGUAUAUCAUCUAAAGCAAAGCCAAGGUCAUAUCUCUGAGUCUGAAAUUCUCUCUUUUCUAAAAAAGCAUUUUCUUCACUGGUUGGAGGCACUGGCUCUAGUUGGAAGUAUAUCUGAUACAGUGGAAAUAAUAGAUACCCUGAUGUUAGCUAUAUGGACAGGCAUUGGUACUGAGAUUUCAGACUUUCUCUAUGAUGCAAAAAGGUUUGCUCUUCAAAAUACUUAUAUAGCUGAUAUUGCUCCACUUCAACUCUACAGCUCUGGACUGGUAUUCGCACCUACCCAAAGUAUUGUGAAAAAGACUUUUUUUAGCGAAAUAAUAAGACAGAUACAAAGUCUACCAGUUUUGGAGGAUUCUUGGAGCCCAAGCUUACAGACGCUUGAGAGCCAUUCAGAGUGGGUCAGAUCAGUGGCCUUCUCGCCCGAUGGGUGUACUCUGGCAUCAGGCUCGGACGACAAUACUAUCAAGCUCUGGGAUACAACAACUGGCAUAGAGCGCCAGACCCUCAAGGGCCAUUCAGAUUGGGUCAGAUCAGUGGCCUUCUCGCCUGAUGGGCGCACUCUGGCGUCAGGCUCGUGUGACAAUACUAUCAAGCUCUGGGAUACAACAACUGGCACAGAGCGCCAGACCCUUGAGGGCCAUUCAGGUUCAGUGUAUUCAGUGGCCAUCUCACCCGAUGGGUGUACUCUGGCGUCAGGCUUGGGUGACAAUACUAUCAAGCUCUGGGAUAUAACAACUGGCACAGAGUACCAGACUCUCGAGGGCCAUUCAGGUUCAGUGUAUUCAGUGGCCUUCUCACCCGAUGGGUGCACUCUGGCGUCAGGCUCGGGUGACGAUACUAUCAAGCUCUGGGAUAUAACAACUGGCACAGAGUACCAGACCCUUGAGGGUUCAGUGUAUUCAGUGGCCAUCUCACCCGAUGGGUGUACUCUGGCGUCAGGCUUGGGUGACAAUACUAUCAAGCUCUGGGAUAUAACUACUGGCACAGAGCGCCAGACCCUUGAGGGCCAUUCAGAUUGGGUCAGAUCAGUGGCCUUCUCGCCCGAUAGGUGUACUCUGGCGUCAGGCUCAGGUGACAAUACUAUCAGGCUCUGGGAUACAACAACUGGCAUAGAGUGCCAGACCCUCAAGGGCCAUUUAGGUUUAGUGUUAUCAGUGGCUUUCUCACCCGAUGUGUGCACUCUGGCAUCAGGCUCGGGUGACAAUACUAUUAAGCUCUGGGAUACAAUAACUGGCACAGAGUGCCAGACCCUUAAGGGUCAUUCAGAUUGGGUCUAUUCAGUGGCCUUCUCGCCUGAUGGGCGCACUCUGGCAUCAGGCUCGUGUGACAAUACUAUCAAGCUCUGGGAUACAACAACUGGCAUAGAGUGCCAGACCCUCAAGGGCCAUACAGAUUGGGUCAAUUCAGUGGCCUUCUCACCCAAUAGGCACAUCCUGGCGUCAGGCUCGCGUGACAAUACUAUCAAGCUCUGGGAUAUAACUACUGGCACAGAGCACCAGACCCUUGAGGGCCAUUCAAGUUCAGUCAAUUCAGUGGCCUUCUCACCCGAUGGGCGAACUCUGGUGUCCGGCUCCCAUGACAAUACUAUCAAGCUCUGGGAUACAACAACUGGCACAGAGCGCCAGACCCUCGAGGACCAUACGGAUUCGAUCCAGGUAGUUCUGAAUGAACCUACUUCUCACUUACAGGGUAUAAGAACGGGCGGGUCUGCAUUAUAG